AUAGCGUGGCUGAAAACAAGACUUAUGUAGAUAAUGACAGCUGAGUCCUUGUGUUCAGCAAAUCGCCUAGACAAUCUUUACAAAGAAUGUGAGUGAACAUGGAAGGCCUGAUAGCACGCUUCAAGACAGGCAACCCAGUCUUUGGAUCUAGGCAAGGGGCUAGGAAAAGAUGUCAGCCAAAAGAUAGAAGACUGAUCAUUCCAAACCAUUUAAUACCCAGCGAUGUCAACCCCAGCGCACAUCCUAACAAGGCGUACGCUAGUAAUCGAAUUAACACCACAAAAUACACCAUCUUGACAUUCCUACCAAAGAACCUAUUUGAACAGUUCCACAGGGUGGCCAACUUAUAUUUUAUUUUUAUAGUUUUAUUAAAUUUUGUGCCUGAAGUCAAUGCAUUUGCCAAGGAGAUUGCCAUGUGCCCAGUGCUGUUUGUGCUAGGAGUGACUGCACUGAAAGACGGAUUUGAAGAUUAUCGCCGUUAUAAAGCAGACAAGGAGGUGAACAAGACCAGUUGUAGGGUGUAUUCCAGAGAUGAGGGUAGAUAUGCACGCUCCAAGUGGUCAAGUAUUAAGGUUGGAGAUGUUGUCCAUUUGUCAUGUAACGAGGUCAUUCCAGCGGACAUCUUGCUGCUCCACUCCAGUGAUGAGCAAGGAAUUUGUCACAUUGAAACUGCCAACAUUGAUGGAGAAAACAAUCUCAAGCAGCGGGAAGUUGUGCGAGAUAUCCUACAAAAGGGUGAAGAGUUCAACCUUACCAAAUUCAGAUGCACAGUAGAGUGUGAACACCCAAAUCCAGAAAUCUAUAAGUUCCAUGGAUCACUUAUUGAGCCCACCAAUGAACACAUCCCCCUCAACAAACACAAUGUGGUACUCAGAGGGUGUGUACUGAGGAAUACAGACUUUGUAGAGGGACUGGUAGUAUAUGCAGGUCAUGAAACCAAAGCCAUGUUGAACAACCGUGGACCUCGUUACAAGCGUAGUCAGCUGGAGCGCCAGAUGAACAAAGAUGUCAUGUGGUGUGUGGUGAUCCUUCUCAUACUUUGUUUCUCUUCUGCCAUUGGGAGUGGUGUGUGGCUGGGCAGUUUUGACAAAGCCAAAAUAAUUUAUGUCCAGUUUAGUGACUUAGACCUCUAUUCUCCUCUAUACCAAGGCUUCAUAGUAUUCUGGACAUAUGUCAUCAUCUACCAGGUAAUGAUUCCUCUUCCAUUAUAUGUAACCAUGGAGAUAGUAAAACUAGGUCAGAGUUAUUUCAUCAACCAAGACAUGGAAAUGUAUGACCCUGAUUCUAACAAACGCAUUGAAUGCCGAGCUCUGAACAUUCCUGAAGAGCUGGGCCAGGUGCAGUACAUCUUUUCCGACAAGACAGGAACCCUGACAGAGAACAAGAUGGUCUUCAAAUGUUGUACUAUAGGAGGGAUUCAUUAUCCACAUACAGAAGAAGAGGACACAAGAGCUGCUCCAUACGACAAUGCCGACCAACCAAGUGCCAAAGUUUCUGACUACUUAAAUUCUAUAAGAGAGCAGCUGAAGAAGCCUAAUACCAUACUGCACCGAGAGGUGUCCAACAUGAGCCUAGAGAGCUUAGACUUUGAGGAUGUUACGGUCUCGACACAAUCACGAAGAAUUCAUGAGUUUUUCCUUUUGAUGGCAAUCUGUAACACGGUGGUGGUAUCAUCACAUGCUCAUGAGGACAAGAUGGAUGAGUCAGGGUUGAUCACAGAUACAUUUGCUGACAGUCAGAUGAACAGAAAGAGAACAGUUGAUAGGUACACACGUUUAGAGGAGCCUACACUGAGUACAAUCACCCCUGGACAAUCUCAACCUACUCAACUCACCUCACAUGACAUGAGUGACAUAGACAAUGAAGGCUCUGAAAGCGGUGCCAGUAUGCUGUCUGAGAACACACUCAAGACCAGAUAUGAAGCAGAAAGUCCAGAUGAACUGGCCUUGGUGAAGGCAGCUUGUACUUACGGCUGUCGUCUGCUGAAUAGAACUUAUGACAGGGCUCUCAUUUGGUUGCCAGGUGAAGGUGAAGUGGAGUUUGAAAUUCUCCAUGUUUUGCCGUUUGACACAGUAAGGAAGAGGAUGUCAGUGAUAGUAAAACACCCUAUCUCCCGCGAGGUGGUGCUCUACUGUAAAGGUGCUGAUAAUACAGUCCUAGAAAACCUGGAUACCAGCAGAAAUGAUGAUGUCAUCUAUAGCCAGUUUGUGAACAACUCCAAGAACUACCUGACCCAGUAUGCCAAGCAGGGGCUGCGGACAUUAGUGAUGGCCAAGAGAGUGCUGAGUCACGCGGAGUACCACGCCUGGCUGGUCAAAUACAGGGAGGCGGAAUGCGCCAUGGCACACAGGGAGAAAAAACUGAUGCAGCUGGCGUUUGAGAUUGAAGUUAAAUUAGAGCUCUUAGGUGCCACUGGUGUAGAAGAUCGUCUGCAAGAAGGCGUUCCUGAGACAAUAGAACAUCUGCAGCAGGCUGGGAUUAAACUAUGGGUACUCACAGGAGACAAAAUGGAAACAGCCUUAAACAUUGCCUUUUCUUGUAAGCUUAUUUCAUUUGACCAGCAACUCAUUACAAUCAAUGCAAAAUCCCAGGAUGUUGUUGAAAGUCUCAUCAAAACAUUACUCAAAGAUUUGACGAGUCAUGGUCCUUUUCAAGAUGGCUGUUCCUCAACUCAUGGUGCCACAUCAGAAACACACAAAACAAAAGCCAAGUCCAAACAUAAACCUUCAGCAGAUGUAGCCCUGGUGAUAGAUGGAAAGUCUCUCAGUUAUGCUAUGCACAAGAGUAUAGUGAAAGAGUUUCUGAAACUCUCUAGUCUAUGUAGCUCUGUACUCAUAUGUAGGGCUACUCCAGGGCAAAAGGCCCAAGUGGUGAGAGUUGUAAGGGAUCAGUUGAACAUGUUGACACUUGCCAUAGGAGAUGGCGCCAAUGAUGUCUCCAUGAUCCAGACAGCCAAUAUCGGGAUUGGAAUCUCAGGACAGGAGGGAAAGCAAGCUGUCAUGGCGUCAGACUUCGCCAUGGCCAAGUUUCGCUUCCUUGAGCGCCUUCUUCUAGUCCAUGGUCACUGGUGCUAUGACCGACUUGCCCGGAUAACUUUACAUAUGUUUUAUAAAAGCACUGUGCUGAUCUUCUUAUUGUUCUGGUACCAGAUGUUCAAUGGAUUCUCAGGGUCUGUCUUGAUAGAUCAGUAUGUCUUCAUUACAGGGCUGAUCUUCUUAUUGUUCUGGUACCAGAUGUUCAAUGGAUUCUCAGGGUCUGUCUUGAUAGAUCAGUACGUACUGAUGCUUUUCAAUGUGGCUUUCACUGCACCACCGCCAUUUGUCAUUGGAAUAUUUGACAGGGACCUGCCGGCUGCCACUCUGCUAGCCAAGCCCAGGUUGUAUAAACAAGGACCUCGUGGUCAAAUGUACAAGCCUUAUUCCUUCUUUAUUCAAAUAUCUGAUGCAGUCUACCAGAGUCUGGCCAUGUUUUUUGUGCCUUACAUGGCCUACCAUGGAAGCAGUGUUGGGAUCUGGGAGUUUGGCUCCACUGUUGCCACCGCUUCUGUGAUCAUUAUUGUCUUCUGUAUGGGCAUAGAGACCAAGUCAUGGGUUCACAGUGAGAGCUUUCCAGGGGACCUUCUAUCCAUCAGCCGUUAUGAAGGCCAGGAUAAAAGAAAACUAUGAAAAAUCCAACGGUCACGGAGUUUAUUUUGCCACAUGGUCGUCAGGCAGCAGCAGCUGUGAAUUCAAAAAGAAUACCAGCAAUAGACACGACACAGCCAUCAAUGACAGCUCCUUGGCUACAUCAGAGGAAAGUAAACUGGGCUAUUUGGGGGAGGAACCUUUACAUGUCUCUGAUGAUGUUGUCAUAUGAACACUGUACGCACAGUUCAUGGUGGCAAAUGUCAUGGUGAUGUUGGAUUGAGAGUGGCCUGCUUCCUUGUGGGGUGCUGCAUUUGUAAGGCUGCUCAUGUAAGGUGGGGGUCUUUAUAAAAUAACAGACAACGAGUGUGGUUUAAUUCAAACAACGUAUGGUGUAGGUUACUGGUCACGUUCAUACAAUUUACUGAAGACAGCUCAGUAGCAAAUGAAGCCAAAUAAAUUGUGACUUUUGGAUAAGCUUAAUAUUACUCAUGCAGAAAAGUGAUAGGCUCUUUACAUGAAGAUAAUAAUAUGCACAGUAGUUGAGAAUUGCCUUGGUGAUAAAUCAUGCCUUCUCUUGUCAAGGAAUGUUUAGUUUAACUUAUUUGUUAUAUUUAUAUCUUUUGUUAUUUUUAUGAUGACAAAUUGCAUUUUUAUAAAACAAA